CGGCCGCUCCCGCUGCUGCUGCUGCCGCCGCGGCUGCUCGGGCUGAGCGCGCCCCGGAACAGGCCGCCGCGCGCCGCGCACGGACCCGCAGCCCCGCCGGCCCGGCCGGGUCGGGCGGCCCAGGGCCGCACCUUCCUAUUUCUCCCCGGCCACAGCCCGUCUGUCACAGUUGAGCACCUGUUUGCCUGAAGUUAAUUUCCAGAAGCAGGAGUCACCAGAGCUGGCCAGGGGAUGAACCGCGAGGGGGCUCCCGGGAAGAGUCCGGAGGAAAUGUACAUUCAGCAGAAGGUCCGAGUGCUGCUCAUGCUGAGAAAGAUGGGAUCAAACCUGACGGCCAGCGAGGAGGAGUUCCUGCGCACCUAUGCAGGGGUAGUCAACAGCCAGCUCAGCCAGCUGCCACAGCACUCUAUCGACCAGGGUGCAGAGGAUGUGGUGAUGGCGUUUUCCAGGUCGGAGACGGAGGACCGGAGGCAGUAGCUGCAAACCCCUUGGAACACCCUGGAAGCUGGCAAGGGCCAAGAGAUCUGUGUGGACCUCGGCCAGCUGAGUGGCAGCAGAUCACCUUCCCCGUCCCCCACCCCCCACUCCACCCCAUCCACCCCACCUCCUGGCCACUCGGUGGGGCUGGCAUCGCGGGAGACACCAGUGAUGCAGUUACGAUUGGCUUAAAGGGAUGGACUCAUGAUUGGCUGCAGGAAGAAACCUUUUUAUUUUUAAAUCGACCAACGGAAACCUUUUAUUUUUAUUUCUGACUCUUAUUUUUUUAAAAAUUUGCGCCUCGGUAUACAGCUUCUUAGGAAGCUCUCCGAGCUCUGGUGCUUUAUUUAGGUCACUUUUUAGGAAUGUGAAGAGGUCCGAUUGGCUGCUUAAACUGGAAAAGGAUUUUGAUUGGCUGGCUAAUGGGAAACGGUUUUUUUCUUUGAUUGGCUGCAGGUGUUCUGCUGAUAACAACAGCUUCUCUCUUUGAAUGCUGAAAACAGGGUUUGGGACAUUGGUUAUGUUUGACUUGAAAAAAAAAAAAAGAAAGAAAGAAACCAAGUGUGCUCUGCAAUAUUUAUUACACACAGAGCUUGCUGCUGCUUUCCCAUGUUGGUUUGUGUUUGAUUUGAUUGGCUUUCCGUAUGUGUGUCUGGUUUCCCAUUGGCUCACUCAUGACUCCCGUUGCCAUGGGCUCCCCCCCACUUUGCUGCGUGCAGUCCCCCUCCAGCCGGGGGAUCCACCUGGAGAGCCGAGCGCCUUUGCUUUAAUGACCACACCUGGCUCCACCAGCAAGGGGGCCUCGAGGACCCCACGCAGGGUCAAAGCUGGAAAACAGGGCCCCGAGGAGGUUUGCGCUCUGCUGAAGAGCAGCCCAGAGCUUAGAGUUGACCAUUAGCCAGGAUUUAUGUCCAUCACUUCCAUGAGCUGGCAACCGGCCAGCUUCCCUUGGCGAGAGUGGAAUUGCUCAAACGCUGUCCGGGCCUCUCUGGCCUCCCCAGGCUGAGCAGAGGAGCGCUGCACUGGGCAGCUCUGUCCCCUCAGCCAUUCCCUCCCUAUCCUGCUUCCUGAGGCCUCAUCUGGGGGCUCCUGUAAAGGGCAGGAGCUGCUCCCAGCUGCAAGACCCCACAAUGUAGCAGAAGUCUGCCUGGGAGCCCGGAAUCCACACAGAGGCCCUGGCUGCCUCACAAGGCCCAGGAGGCCUUAGGCUCCAAGCACCCACCCAUGACCUCCCUCAGCCGGGCCCCCGAGGUGUCUGCCGCUGGGGCAGUAGGUCCUGGCAGCACUGAGAGUUCUCUUGUCCAAGGCCCGUGCCCCUCACUGCACUUGCCCCUCACUGCACUGCCUUCAGAAGGGUCUCUCUCCAUGUCAGCCUGAAAGUGACAGCAUCGUUAUUUGUGAAGUGCCCACUGGGGACCCUGGCUGGGCCUUCACUGAGCAAGUCCCACCAGGCUGGCCCUCAACCCCGGCCCCCAGAAACACAUUGCAGAGCAGUGGUCUUUGAAGGGCUACAGCAACCCCAAGUCUUCCACCUGCCCCCCUUCUUCUCCUGGAGGCGGUUCACCCUUCUCCCUGCCUCUCUCACAGGGGUGGAAUCUGGGUGGGGAGUUGGAGAAAGAGGCAGGCCUCGGAGGGAAGCCUCUCCCCUCCCCCCUUGAAGAAGUAGAUGGCUGAGGCCCCCUUCUUGCCCCUGGUACCCAGAGCCAGGAGAAGACUCUCAGAACCAAAUUUCCCCCUUCUCAGGACUUGGGGCUAUUGUGGAGCACAGGAGCUAAAUGCUGACAUGUUCUAUACCCGAGCCCUGGAGAGAGCCUCGUGGUCAGUGGGCAGUUCACGCUGUGCCCUGAGCAUUGUCUGAGCCUCAUCCCAGGAAGAGGAGUCGAAUGUCAUGGCCCAAAUACCUGUGUCCUCCUCCACAUACCUGUGGCCCUGGUUAGCUGACCGUUAGCCUGCAAAGGCCACUGAUCCCCAGGGGACGAGGACUGUGGGUACCCCAGCAGGGGCCUGAGAGCAUCUUCCUUCAGGAGAAGCAGUGCGUGUGUGCACAUGCAUGCACACACACACACACACAUGCACACUCACUCCCACUCAGUGGCCUGCAGCUCUAGCUGAGCCCCUGGGGAAAGGUGAGUUUUUUCAGUCCCCUCCCCCCCAGGCUGUAACAUCUGUUAUCAAGUGUCCAUGCUGCCUGCUGCCCCUUCUCUUUGUACCUGUAGCUCCCCUGAAGCGUCCGUGUCCUGGCCGAUGGUGUAUUCUCUGCGCCAGCCUGUCCUUGUCAAGGUCAUGGGCCUCCCUCUUGUAACAGUGAUGGCCCUGAUCUGUCUCAUCUUCUGAAGGAGAAAAGUGAAAGCGUUGCUGUGGCUUCAUAUUUCAACUAAAAAUAUAUCUGUUGAGAAAGAAAUUAACAAUAAAGAUUUUUAAUAGC